AUGAAUGCUGAUCUCAUUCAUAAGGCAAAGGAGAAAGCUGAUGAAAUCAUGAAAUGGCAAGACAUGGAAGAGAAAGUCCUGCAGCAAAAAUCUAAGAUCGAGUGGAUCAAGUUGGGGGAUGGAAAUAAUCAUUUUUUACACGCCUCCCUUAAAGCCAAAGCUCAAUCUAAGAGAAUGAUGAAGGUCUGUCUUGAUGAUGGAACUGAAAUCUAUGAUAAGCAGGGCAUUGAAGAGGAAGUGCUCAAUUUCUAUGGGAACCUCAUGGGGAAGGAUGAUAGGAUUCUUAACCAAAUCAAUCUGCAGACUAUGAGGGAAGGUAAAUGUUUGAAUAGUGAUCAAAGAAGAGAUCUUAUUAAACAGGUUAGUGAAAAGGAGAUUAAAGAUGCCUUAUUUGAGAUGGGUGAUAAUAAAAGUCCUGGUAUUGAUGGUUAUAGUGCCAAAUUUUUUAAGAGCUGCUGGAGUGUGAUUAAAGAGGACUUGAUUAGAACCAUCAGAUAUUAG